AUGCUAGCGACAGAACCAACCCUAGAUCUAGAAAUAUCACCCAGCUUUGAAUUGACCGUGCCAAGGGCGGCCCCGCCGAAGUCACUUUCGGGUAUCAUAGCUUCGCGGCUGCAAUUCGCCAUUGAUUUGAUCAAGGAUGCCCCGCGGAUGAUGGUCGCCGAGAAUCAAACUCCGUGGUGCCAUCGUCAGCUGUAUAAAAACGGCAUGCCGAGAGUGAUGCAAGAUGCCUAUACAUGCUGUUCUCUCCAUCUCAACAAGAAUGAAAUGAAUGCGCCGGUGGUCAUGUCGAUACUGGAGUCCCGCACCCGCGAUCUUCUAUCAUCACCGAUCCCAACAUCCCCACUCGACAUCCUCGCCCGCACGCAGGCGAUUAUCCUUUAUAAGAUUAUGCAUCUGUUCGAUGGCAAUACCCGGUCCCAUUUCGCUAUUGAAUCGCUCUCUGCAGCAUUAGACUCCUCAGCAAUGUCACUUCACGGCUAUCUUCAUUUCCCCGAUCCCUCUCACCCGACACAACUCUUCCCGACAUCCAUGGAACCAAUUAUGAACUUCUGGGACACAUGGAUCUUCCAAGAAUCCGCGUGGCGGACUGUCCUGCUCACACUUUAUUUCCAUCAAGUAUAUAAUGUGCUGCAGGGGAGGAUACCGACGGUCUGUGAUGGGAAACUGGGACUCACCCACGCGUGGUACCUUUCCGCGCAUUUGUGGAAUUCUCAGAGUGCGUUUGACUUUGCAAUCGCCUGGAUGGAGAAACCACAUUUUGUGGUUUAUGAUGCGGAUUUCUCGAGCGUGUUGUGCGAUGCGCAGCCGAGUGAUGUGGAUGUGUUUGGUCGGAUGUGGUUGGUUACUCUUCUAGGCAUUGACGAGGCCAAAGCUUGGUUUUAUUCACGAGGGGCUCUAUUGUGA